GAAACAAAUCUUCUGUCAAAACAAAAUCGACACUCGAAUGUAACAGUUGCUUUGAAUUUCUUUAAAAUAUUAUUUGUCUGCGCGAUCUCAUUUAUUUUUAAUCAUGUUUAGUAUCCAACAACUCAUACAAGCAGCUGAGUACUUGGAUAGAAGAGAAAGAGAAGCUGAACAUGGAUAUGCUUCCACACUACCUAUGCCAGACGAUUAUAGUGCAAAGAAGAGGUCAAAAUCUAAGAAAUCUCAGGGAAAUAGGUCAACACACAACGAAUUAGAAAAAAAUAGACGAGCAAAUUUAAGAUACUGCUUAGAAAAAUUAAAAGACAUAGUGCCAUUGGGACCAGACUCAUCUAGACAUACAACUUUAGGUCUUCUUAUGAAAGCUAAAAGUUUUAUAAAGACUUUAGAAGAUAAAGAAAGAAAAACAUUGACGCAACGGGAACAACUUCGAAGGGAACAGAGAUUUUUGCAAAGGCGGUUAGACCAGCUUAUGGAUGGGCAAUAUAGGGUGCGGCAAGAAAGAAGUAUUAGCGAAUGUAGUACAUCAACUAAUUCAACUACCUCCUCCAACUCAGAGACUGAUGAGAUAGACAUUAUCGGCUAUGGCAGCGGGACAAGUGACACCGACGACCAUAGCAGCGUUGAGAGUGGAUCUUCCGACGGCUUUAUGAUCUCAGCGAAGAGAAUUAGGUUAAAUAGUUCAUACUCGGAGUCCCUUUGAAACGCAGUGAUAAUCCGGGGGAGGUACAUUCACACCCGGUGAGGUUUAUUCGAGUCGAAUAAAUGUUGUUAAUUGUGAACUUGUUAUUUUUUUCUGGUGAUGAAGAUCUGGUUUGGAGCGUUAUUGCCCCUCGAAUAUACGCAAAUAUUGUGUCGAUACAUUUGUUUCUUUAAGACAAAAAACAUAAAAAAAAAAAACUGAAAAAAUUAUUAUUAUGAUUUUUGUAUGACUAUUGUGUGGAUAAAGUGACAGACAGUUUAAUUUCUUUUAAAAGAGAAAAAAAACUAAAAAAAAAAAUAUUUUGAUUAUUAUUAUUAUUGAGUAAUUAUUAACCUUUGAAAAAAAAAAAUUUCAUGUGUAUACAUUAUUAUAUGGUUACUGACAUAGUUUUGAGUGAAUUUUUUUUCUUGUUUUUAAAAAAUGCAUAGAAACCUCAUGAAAUAUGUCUAUAUAUAGAAAUUGACUGGGAAAACAUGCACUGUGUAAUGUGUGAGUGAGAUUGCAAGUAUUAUUUCCUGCUUUCCAAAGACUAAAAUCAAACAGAUGGUGACAGGUCAAGGUCGUUGUCAUGGCUGCAGUCAAGGUCGUUACUGUGCUUCAAUUUUGGAUAUAUAUAUAAGCAAAGCAACAGGCUUCAAUCAGAGAAAGUUUAUUAAAAGACAAAAUGGAGAAGAAAGGAUAAAGAAUAAAUUAAACAGGACUUUAUUUUAAUAUACUUAGGAUUUUAAUUUUUGUCUUGGAAUGUAAUGUUUUACUAGAUUUUUCUUUUCCUGUGCCGAUUUUCACAAAAUUUGUCAUUUUUGUAGGAGAUUUUUUUUCCACUUGAUAGUAGCCAUAGGAUUAAUCCUAAAAUGAUUGUUAAGCAGUUAUUAAAGGAAGUGUAAUUGGGAAAAUAUUGGAUCUGUAGUUUUUCAUAAUCCUUAAUUAUGUCAUUUGAAAUCUUCAAGGCAGCAAACUUAACUCUCAAGGAAGAAUGGAAGGUAAAAAAUACUAUAUAUAGAAGUAAAAUAAUUAUACACACUGUCUCAUGAAAUUGCGGCUAUAUAGAGUGAGCCGCGUCAUGACAAAACCAACAUAAUGUGUUUGCGACCAGCAUGGAUACAUCCCAGGAUGUACAUCCGCGCAGUGUGAUCAGGAUCCAUGCUGUUCGCUAUCAGUUUCUCUACUUAUAAUAGGGUUUGUAAGCCAACAGCGUGGAUCCUGAUCAGACUGUGCUGAUGCGCAGGCUGGUCUUUAUCCGUGCAGGUUGCAAACCCAUUAUCUUGUUUUGUCGUGAUGUGGCUCAAAUAUAUUAUAAAUAUAUAUAUGGAGCAUGAAUGAUUGAAUUAAUGCUUUAAAAUUUCUGUUUUUUUAGCAACACUUCCCUUCCUUUGCAAUAAGCUAUUUUGU